AUGGGUACUUGUCAAGUUAAUUGUUGUGCCAUGAAAAAUGGGGAAUUAGUUUCAAAAGAUUGUCGAAAGAACGAAAUAGAUUUAGAUAAUAUUGAUCUUCAAAAUUAUGAAGAUAAUGGAAGUAGCAUAAACUCUGGAUCGCGACAAGAGCAAAUUAAUUAAUCUCCGAAGUCGAUAAAUAAAGAAAGAGAAAAAUUUGAUGCUGAUAAUGAUAGUUAGUCCUUAAAAAAGAAUUUAGACCCACAAUCAUUAAAAGAGGUGAGUAUCACAUAUAUAAAUUGCAUGGAAAGAUAAAAAUUUGGACCAAUUUAAUUAGAUAAGGGUGCAAUAUAUGAAGGAGAAUGGCUGUUAGGUAAAAGAGAUGGAUUUGGAAAAUAACAAUGGCCUGAUGGUUCAAGUUAUGAAGGUUAAUGGAAAGAUGAUAAAAGCUGUGGUUGGGGGAAAUUAUUGCAUGCUGAUGGUGAUAUUUAUGAAGGAGAAUGGUCAAAUGAUAAAGCAAAUGGGAAGGGCGACUAUAUCCAUAUCAAUGGGGCGAAAUAUUAAGGAAAUUGGGUCGAUGAUAAAUAAGAAGGUCUUGGAGUGGAAAUAUGGCCAGAUGGUGCUAAAUAUGAAGGGGAAUAUAAAGUAGGAAAGAAAAAUGGUUAGGGAAUACUAAUUUUUGUAGAUGGUUCUAAAUAUGAAGGAACAUUUGUUGAUAAUCAAAUAGAUGGAUAUGGAACAUAUUAAUGGCCAGAUAGCAGAAUAUAUUCAGGAUAAUGGAAGAGAAACAAAAUGCAUGGACAUGGAUAAGUGAGUUGGAUGGAUGGAAGAAAAUACAUAGGAGAAUAUGUUGAUGAUAAAAAACAUGGUAGAGGAUCAUUUGAAUGGGGAGAUGGAAGGAAAUAUGAGGGUAUUUGGAUUAACGGUAAAUAGUAAGGGAUUGGUGUAUACUUUUUGCCUGAUGGAGAAAAAAAAUAUGGUGAGUGGAAGGAUGGAAUAAAAAAGAGAUGGUUAGAUGUAGAAGAAAUUGAGAAAUAUCUUGUACAAAAUCAAUCUAAUCAAUAACUAAAAUGA